AUGGAGCAGAAAAGGGAAGCGUGUAAGCUCCAGAACCCGCAGAGAAGUUUCGCCGCUGCAAACGUGAGAAAAUGCAGCUCAGCAGAACUCCCGCCCCCACCCUCCCCGCGGCCCCACCCCCGCAGCCCGACCCCUGGCGGCGGCGACCUUGGCCACCGGGGGCACUUGGAGGAUGGGCUGCCCUCGGGGCUUUCCCAGAGGGCUGGAGGAGGCCUCCUGGGUCUGCGGCCACCUCCCCUCGCCUGUCAGCCACCAGGACCGGCGUACGCAGCCUUGCGCGCGCGCGCCCCCAGCGCCCCUAGGCCGCCUGGCCCCGCCGGAGCGCCCCCUGCACCCCCAGCCCUGCCGGCCCCGCGCCCCUCUGCUCCGCUCCACUCCUGGGCCCGCGAGAGCGCCCAACUUACCCCGCCGUGCGGGGGCCGGGGCUCAGGCGAAGCGCGUUACAUCGGGUGGGGUCGCCCCUCCGGCCGCCGGGUCCGCCGGGUCCGCCGGGUCCGCCGCGCUCAGUGGAUUUCUGGGUCUCGCUGCCAAACUCUCCGCGCCUCUGGCUCCCCUAGCUCUUGUCUCCCCCUGCACCCCCUCCUUCGCUCCAGUCCCUCUGCUCUUUUUUCCGGGUUAAUUACGUUUCGCAUUAAAGCAAAACCCAGCCCCGGAUGCUCUGGCUCUGUCGCCUGGGCUGGACUGCGGCACAAUCACUGUAGCCUCCACCUCCUGGGCUCCAGCGAUCCUCCUGUUCCAGCCUCCACAGUAGCUGGGCCCACAGGGUUUUGGCCCUCAUCUGUACGUUUCAGGCACCAGAACAAACUGAAGAGCAUCUCUGGAAGCCAGGAACCUGGAUUUGAAGCCCAGCUCUACCACGUAUUGGCUUUGACCUCUGGGCAAGUUAUUUAACUUCUCAAUGUCUGUUUGUUAGGAAGGGUCAGUGAGUUAACAUUUGUGAAGUGUUGAGAUUCCUGUCCAACAUGAAGUAGGUGCUAUGUAAACUUUUUUUAAUUUAAAAAUUAGAUGAUCAUUUUCAGUGUGAAAAGCAACACAGUUUCAUCCAGCUCCAAGCAAAUCUGAGUGGAACAGAGGGUUUCCAGUAUGAGCAAUGAGGUAGAUUUCUCAGAUUUCAUGGUAUGGUUCAUAUUAAACUCAAAACUCUACUCCCCAUGGGGCUGCCUGAGCCACUCCAUCACAGAGCCACAAAUAUUUCCUAAGCACUACUGUAUUGGAUGCUGGGAGGCAAAGAGAAGCAGAAGGCCUUGGGUGGCAAGAGAAUACAAGUGUCUCUAGAAGGCUGCAGCAGCCUUAUGACCUGGGAAUGGCACAGAGAGUAAGUACUGUCAGCUUUUAGAAAGACAAGAUGUAGUCAGGGGCAGCGGCUCAUGCCUGUAAUCUCAGCACUUUGGGGGAUUGAGGCAGGAGAAUCCCUUGAGCCCAGGAGUUCGAGACCAGCCUGGGAAGCUAGGGAAACUUCAUAUCUACAAAAAAUUUAAAAGCAAUUCAAUCAUCCAGGCAUGCACCUGUGGUCUCACCUACUCGAGAGGUUGAGGUGAAAGGAUCACUUGAGCCCAGUAAUUCAAGCCAUGAUCAUGCCACUGCACUCCAGUUUGAGUGACAGAGUGAGAACCUGUCUCAAGAAAAAAAAAAAAGAAGAAGGAAGUGUGUCUCUGUGUGGGGUACGGUGGGGGGAGCUCAAGAAGAGAGUGGGCUUUGAAAUAGAACUGAGAUGGGUAGGGUUUGACCACAGUGAGAGGAGGCCAAGAACAUGUUGAGCUGAGGGAGGGUCAUCGUCAGUGUACUUGGGGUGAUGCUCAUUCUCCAUUGGAACCCCACUGACUGCUACAUGUGCCUCUGGCCAGAACCUGGCCCCAGUUAGAUGACAAAUCCUGCACUAAUGUCUACUCUUUCAUCCCUGGAUCUCCCAGGGCUUCCUCAGAGGACCCACACCCCAACCCCUCCUCUAAUGUUACCUUGAAGCAGGUGUCAAGUGAGUCUGCACCCUGCUAUCUUUUGUCAUCCCCCUCUCUUUGGGGGACACUUUUUAUUGUAAUAAAAUACACAUGACAUAAAUUUCGCAAUUUUAAAGUGUUUAUGUAGUGGCUUUCGGUACAUUCACUAUGUUGUACAGCUCUCACCACUGUCUAGUUCCAACCGAUUUUCGUCGCUUCUAAAGGUAACACCUACCUAUUAAGCAGUCACCUCCCAAUCAUCUUUUCUCCCAGCCCCUAGUCGCCACUAACUUGCUUUCCAUCCGGUCUACAGAUCUGCCUAUUUUGAUAUUUCAUAUAAGUCAUAUGAGUCGAAUCAUAACAUAUGUGGCCUUUUGUGUCUAGCUUCUUUUUUUUUUUUUUUUUUUUGAGACAGUGUCUCGCUUUGUUGCCCAGACUGGAGUGCAGUGGUGUGAUCUCAGCUCCCUACAACCUCUGCCUCCCAGGUUUAAGUGAUUCUCCUGUCUCAGCCUCCCAAGUAGCUGGGACUGCAAGCCUGCACCACCACGCCCAGCUAAUUUUUGUAUUUUUAAUAGAGACUGGAGUUUCACCACAUUGGCCAGGCUUCUCUGGAACUCCUGACCUCAAGAGAUCUGCCCACGUUGGCCUCCUGAAGUGCUGGGAUUACAGGCGUGAGCCACUGUGUCCAGCUGUGUCUAGCUUCUCAUGUUUCCUUUUUGCCAUCACUUUAUUGACACAUUUUGAAAAUACAGUAUUGCUAUUGCCUGAUUUUAUACUUUUUGUUCAGCGCAAUAAACAGCCCUAAUGUCUGAGAAUAUCUACCUGUGGGGAAAGAAAUGUCAAAAAAGUACCUUUCGCAUCAACUACUUCAGUCUCCUUGCUGUCCCAAGAUAAAGUCCAACAAUUUGCUCAAGGUUUUAAAGCUGUAAUAGUGGCAGAGUUGGUUCUAGAACCCAGGGUUGGCUACCUUGGUAUUGGUAUAGAAACCUUGCCACCAAAAUGAGAACUUCUGGCCUAGAACCUAAGAAUCUAAACAGAAAGCCUUAUGCACUACUCCAAGCAUUUCUUCGUGUACUUUCUAUUCAUUUUCAGUGUUAAUGGCUGGUUAGCUAGAUGACCUAACAACCUCCAGUGGUGAGCAACUGUACCCUGCCGGGAGCUAUUGUUCUCUGUCCUCACAGAUACCCAUUACAUAAGGCUGCAGCUGGGGCCAGUUAGUUCUAUUAGGGAAAGUGUGGGGCCAAAAAAGCCAAGGUCAUUGGUUUGAUUCUGGUUUGGGCCAGUUCAUGUUGCACAGAGAUGAAUUGCUCCAGGGCUACACACUGCACCUCUAAUGUUAGCCAGUCAUUUUAUAAAUAGUUGCUAUGGGUUUUGAUAGCAAAGUAUGAAUAGUUCUGUAACAUCCAUUUCUAGAACGAUUACUCAAAAUGCCAUUGUGCUAUUCAGUCCAAUUCAUUCAACAAUUGUCUGAACCCAUUACCAUUUUUCCUCUUGUAUGUCUUGCAUUUACUUAUUUUCCAGGUACUUACUAAAUGCUCAUUGUGUUACCCGUAUUAUCUCAUUUAAGCUUUAUAAUGACAAUGACCCUGCUAUUAUUUUAUGGUGAUGAGAUGGCUAAGGUAUAGAGAUGAAGCCUGGAUACAAACCUGGACAGCCAGAGACCAGAGCCUGGUCUUUUACUUACCAAGCUCCACUGGUAGAUACAAUGUUAAGCUUGGUGAAGGAUACAACAUCCCUGACACUUCCUACGUUUAUCAUCAUUUAGAAUCUUCAUUCCAUUUCACCUAGCAAUUGCAUAUCCAAAGAAAGUUAUAUGGAUAUAUAGAUAGCAAUAUGUGCACUUAUUUAUGUUCACUGCAGCAUUGGUCUAAUGGUAAAAACUGGAAAUCACUUUCAUGUGCAUCAAGAAGGGAUUGAACAGGUGCAUCACUACAAUCUUAUGCUAUGCGGCAGUUAGAAAAGAAUGAAGGCUGGUGGUGUGGUUCAUGCCUAUAAUCCUAACAGUUCGAACGGACAAAGCAGGAGGAUCCCUUGAGCCCAAGAGUUCCGACUAACAUGGACAACAUGGCGAGGCCCAUCUCUACAGACAAUUUUUAAAAAUUAGCUGGGGAUGGUGGUGCACACCUGCAGUUCCAGCUACAACUCAGCUGAGACAAGAGGAUUGCUUGAGCCUAGGAGUUCAAGGUUGCAGUGAACUAUGAUCCCACCACUACACUCCAGCCUGGGUGACAGAACCAGAUGCUGUCUCAAAAAAAAAAAAGAAAAGAAUGAAGAUGAGAUCCAGCUCCCUAAGAAGACAUAUAGGAACAUGGUCACCUUUCUGGCAACUUCAGUCUCUGGAACAGAACUCUGAAUUCCUAAGAAAGUGUGGCAGUAUGGUUUCCUAGCCCUCAACAGAUCAGAAACCUCAGGAGAAUGGAAGAGCCAUUGAAGAAGUGGGUGAGAGGGUGUGGAGGAGUGCAUGGUUUUACCCAGUUCAUUCCUAUGUUCAUAAAUGGGAUCCCUGAAAAGUUAACUAGCAUUUGCAUAGGUUGCAUGUGCUCCAGACAAUCUUCAUCGUUCCUGGGGAUGACCUUGGAGUAAGAAGUGGCCCAUACCUGUAAUCCCAGCACUUUCUGUGAUCAGUGCCUUUGUUUUAGGUGGAAAGUGCUAUGUGGUUUUGCUGGUA